CCUGGGUUUGAACCCAGGUAUUCUGGUUCUGCGGCCUGGAGUAGAAAAGCGAAGCAAAACUCAGCAGCCGGAGGCAGACCUACUUGGAGUUUGGGGGCAGCCUCUCUCCUCUCCGCACCACUUCUUUACCUUGCUUCUCUCGGUCCCCACCCUCCCUCCAGGCCUGCUGGCGUUACUUACCUUCAGUCUGAGGACAGAAUCCCGCGGUUUCUCUCAGCGGGAGGGAGGCUCUGGGUGCUCAACAGCUUUAAAGAGCCAGGCAGGGACCGGAUAUUGUAGGAGCCUGUCUUUUAGGCUAAUAGGCUCCUGAAGAUCUCCCAGGACCCGAGGAAACACUCUCGGCAAGGGCUGAGAUAAAAGGCUGCUUGGUUCCCCCAACAAAUAUUCUGCAGUCCCAGACUAUAAGGACUGAACACAGGAGAAGAACAUUUGUCUUGGACUCCAGUGCCCAUUUCAGCACCUGGCUCACUGCCCGUCUCACAGAGAAGAAACUGAGGCAGCUGCAGCUUCAUCUUCUCUCAGGCCCUGAGUUGGGCCUGGCCACACCCUUCUCGCCUUGCAUUGGGACCUGGGGUCUGGAAGUCCAGCAGGAACGAUGGCCGAGGCCAGUGUCUCCCCACGUCCCUCAGCAAAGGACAACAUGGCAGCCAAACAGCCUCCUCCGCUCAUGAAGAAGCACAGCCAGACGGACCUUGUGAGCCGCCUGAAGACGAGGAAGAUUCUGGGCGUGGGCGGGGAGGAUGACGAUGGCGAAGUGCACCGGUCAAAGAUCAGCCAGGUCUUGGGCAAUGAGAUCAAGUUUGCUGUUCGGGAGCCUCUGGGGCUCAGGGUCUGGCAGUUUCUUUCUGCUAUGCUGUUCUCCAGUGUGGCCAUCAUGGCCCUUGCCCUCCCUGACCAGCUCUACGACGCAGUUUUUGAUGGGGCUGAGGUCACCAGCAAGACCCCCAUCCGUCUGUACGGUGGUGCCCUCCUUAGCAUCUCCCUGAUCAUGUGGAACGCGCUCUACACAGCCGAGAAGGUCAUCAUCCGCUGGACACUGCUCACUGAGGCCUGCUACUUUGGGGUGCAGUCCUUGGUGGUCACUGCGACACUUGCGGAGACAGGCCUCGUGUCCCUGGGGACCCUGCUGCUCCUGGCCAGCCGCCUCCUCUUUGUCGCUGUCAGCAUCUACUACUAUUACCAAGUUGGCCGGAAACCCAAGAAAGUGUAGCUGGCUGGGGCCUGCCUGGGCCUGGACCUGGGCCAGAGUGGCUGGGGAAGUCCCUGUCUGUGGGCCCCAGGCAGGCCUGUAGGCUGGCAGGGUGCACGCAAGCUUCCUCCCCUCCCAGGCACUCCCUGGAGUCAACUUGGACUUACUGGGCUUCUAGGAGUUAUAAGUCAGGCUGGGGCACCCCACUCCUCACCCCAUACAGGGGCAACCGCUCGCCCUGGCUUUCUUGACCUCUAGACUCUAAUAGACAGUCUGGAGUGGCGCGCUGGGACCUGGGCGGAGUCAAGGUCAGUUCCUCUGCUGGGAAGCCCUUUUCUCUCCAGGAGAUUGUGUCAGCCCCAACAGCAGAUUUUAGCUUUUCUCCAUUCAGAAACCUGAAAACUGUGUGUCCCCAUAUGAGUUCCACACCACACACACACACACGCAUGUACACACACACACACACACACACACACACACACACACACACACAGAGUUUUCAGAGUCCCCACUGUGGUCAGCUAGCCAGGGGAAUGCCUGCCUCCAUUGGGCCUAGGUCUUCUCCUUGGCCUGCAUACCUGACCCUCUCUUUGGCCUGUUGUAGAGUGUUCUGAUACACUGGCUGCCUGCACCCUAAAGCACCAGUCUCUCCCCAACAGGCCAGUAUACCACAGGCCCUGACAGGCCUUGGCACCUCGGCUAGCAUAGGCUCCUAGUGUGUGAGGAAUUCUGAAGGAAAAAUAGCAGGGGCAUUUUCUUGGUAUGGCCUCCAAGGCCUGGAUGGCUAACUACACCUGGCUCCGUACCUGCUAAAUAUUUCCUCCAGAGGCUAUUCCAAGGCCUACAGCCCUCAAACUCUAUAGAAGUAAGGAAACAGAAGUGGAUUUGCCCUUGCUCAGCACCCUGACAGUGGGCCAUUAGAGCUGAAGCCACCGCUAGUGACACCAGCCCAUGUGCCCCCCCCCUUGGUCCUAGCUCUCAGCACUUUCCUUCCCUCAGCAGCAAGCACACUGAGUUAAGAGAGGUGGCCUUAGGCCUAUCUCUUCCCCUUCUGCAGAGGAGUGGUCCUCUGUGCCUGGGGAGCCUUUCUCUAGGGCACCUGGGCUCACAGCUUCCCUGAGCUCAUUCGGCCCCGCAGUCAAGUGCUCCAUGACAAUGGCCUAUGCCCAGCAGGGGGACUGUAGGUUAGUUUUAGUGGAGACAUGCCCAGCAGAGUGGUGAGAAUCUAAGCUUUCAAGAUGGGACCAGUGUGUGCAUCCAUCUUCUGCCGCUGGCUUUGUGCCAGUCCCUCAGUCCCACCUCUUGACUCAGAGCACAGGCCCAGCCACCGCCACCUCUCAGUAUAGUCCCAACUGCUGUAGAGGGUGGCAUUGUUGACUCUUCUCAGCACUGAUGGGAUUUGUCCUCUUGGAUCCUCUCUGAAUGCAGAUGGAGCCAUGCUCCGCCCUUCGGAGAGCUCUGCCAGUCUUCCCCUCAGUGACAGGGGGUGGGGGAAGGGUGGCCAGGUCACCCUGGUGUGGUAACUUCACAGGGGUGGGGGCAAGGCCAGACCGAGGCCAGCAGACAGACACGCAUGUGGCCUUGGGGAGACACUAAGCUUGGAAGGAGGCUAUGAAGAAGAUAGGAACCCCACCUUAAAUCCAAGCCCGGGGUGCCCUGGUUGCCCCAGCUCCUCCUGUGCUUCUGCCUUUGUCACGGUCACUAUUUAUUCUUCAGUCCUUUUUCUUUUUGUAAGAAACAGUCACAAAAACCAGUGCAGAAUGA